AUGAAGUACCUUGUCAUCGCCGCUGCUGCUUGCGCCAGCUUGAUGGUCACUGCUAAUGCCGCCCCUACCGCCAGUGUCGUUGCCGCCUGCCGAAGCACCAUUGACGACGUUUUUUACGAGCAUGACGCUGAAGAUGACAGCGCCAUUAAGGAGAAGCCGUUAUUAAGGAGAAGUCUACCUGCGUGGUCGAUUAAGGGUCUACAUAAGGACUGUGAUGCGGAUAACACGUUAAAGUUGGCCUGCCAGGAAAUUGUCUCUACUAUUACCGCCGUUACCGACUGCAAGAACGCUAUUAAUGACUUUUUUUUCGACAAUGACAGCGAUGUAAAAAGUGACGUUGACGGUAAGCGUAACUUUUGCGCUGAUAUCAUCGGUGGCAUCACAUUUGACGUCUCGGUAAAGAACGCCCAACUGGUUCCGUGGUCGGUUGAGGGUCUAUAUGAGAAGUGUGAUACAGGUGACACGGUGAAGUCCGCCUGCCAGGAUAUUGCCUCGGCCGCUGCCGUUGCUUGCAAAUAA